AUGUCCACCCAGGCGGACGUCCUCGACAAUAUCUUCCACCGCCUCGCCAACAAGAAUGAGGAGAUCCGUAUCCAUGCAGCUCAAGAUCUUCGCCUUCAUGUGACGGAAUAUACCCAAGAGCACCUCGGGCACGAUGGGCUCAAGGGCGUCUGGGGAGAUGUCUUCCAUCGGAUGUUCGAGUUGACGAGGAGUAACAAUGCCUUCGAGAGGCUGGGCGCUUGCGUCGCUAUCGACGAAAUGAUCCAGUCGACCAAGGAUGAUACGCCGGACCGAGCGCUGCAGAAGAAUCUUAGGCUGUACGAAUAUCUUCGGCCUCUUCUGACAUGUACUGACUCGACGGUCAUGAUAGCUGCUGCCAAGGUGGUCGGUAAUAUGGUAGAGCUCUCUGGACCCAUUCUCGGCGAGUCCUUCUUCAACAAGGAGGUCGGGCAGGCAUUGCAGCUUCUUGACGACUCGAGAUCCGAAGCCGGUCGCUUCAGCGGUGUACUAGUGCUCCAUCAGUUCGCCUCCAAAGCUGGCGCGUUCUUCUACCAGCAUGUUUCGAGGGUGCUUGACAAGAUCUGGACUCCGCUGCGGGAUUCAAGGACUAUGGUCCGAGAACGAGCCUCCAUGCUUCUCUCUGCCUGUCUGCGACUAGUCAAGGAACGCGAAAAGUCACCGACGGAUGUCUAUCGUCGGAUCUUUGAAGAGGCGCGGAGCGGAUUGCAAAAGGCCGGAUCGACCGACUCCAUCCUCGGCUCCCUGCAUGCCGUCGGUGCUAUGCUGGAUAAUCAGCAACUGUCGAUGCAGCAAUUCUACAAGGACGUCUGCGAGCUUACCCUUCGAUACCGCGACUCCAAGGAAAUCUCGGUCCGCAAAAUGGUCAUCUCCCUCAUCCCUAGUAUGGCGACCUACGACAGCGACGAGUUCGAGGCGCUCUACCUGCAUCGGAGUAUGGCGUAUCUCCUCCAGGCACUGCAGAAGCCUACGGAUAGGGAUACGGGCUAUGUCGCGCUGGGCUAUAUGGCGUUGACGUUGGGGAGCAAGAUGAGGCCGUUCAUCGACGAUAUUGUCAAGGUCAUCAAGGAUCAUCUGCGGCAAAGAGGGAAAAAGAACGCACCAGCAGAAGGACCAAUCUUCCAGUGCCUCGGCUACCUAUCUCGAGCGGUCGGACCGAUGCUUACUCGUCAAAUGCACGAUGUACUCGACCUCAUGUUCCUCUGCGGUCUGAGCGAGCCGCUGUAUAGCUCGCUAAAGGACAUCGCGGAUCAUAUCCCUCCUCUUCUGCGUACUGUCCAAGAUCGUCUCCUCGAUAGCAUCUCCCUCGUCCUUACUGGUCACUCCUUCCGGCCGCUCGGAGCACCUCAGCGGAAUCUUCCAAACGGCACAGCGCGAGACAUCCCCGCUGGUACCCAUACCGCCGAGGUCCAGGCGCUCGCCCUCCACGUCCUCGGCACCUUUGACUUUUCCGGUCACACCCUCAACGAGUUCGUCCGAGAUGCUGUCCUACCGUACCUCGAGCAUGACAGCAUUGAGGUCAGGCAAGAGGCGGUUCUGGCGUCGACGCAGCUCUUUAUCCAUGAUCCAAUCUGCUACCAAACGAGCAGUCAUUCUAUCGAGAUUGUCAGCGAUGUCCUGGAGAAGCUCUUGACUGUGGGAAUUACAGAUCCAAGCUCAAGUAUCCGGCAGACCGUCCUGGAACACCUCAGCGAGCGGUUCGACAAGCACUUGUCGCAAGCCGAGGAUAUCAGAUGUCUCUUUAUCGCGCUCAACGAUGAGGUGUUCCAUAAUCGGGAGCUGGCGAUCGGUAUUAUCGGUCGACUAUCGGUUCUCAACCCAGCCUACGUUAUGCCGCCACUACGAAAGUCGCUCAUCAACCUCAUUACCGAGUUGGAGUACUCUACCAAUACGAAACAAAAGGAGGAAUCCGCCAAACUCCUCUGCCUCCUCAUCGCCGCCGCCGCCUCCCUCGUCAAAUCCUACGCGCCCACCAUCCUCACUGUUCUCGUCCGUACCGCCGAAUCCCCCGAAACCACCACUGUCGUCUCUGCCGAAUGCGUCAAAUGCAUCGGCGAGCUCGCACGCGUCGCUGGCGAAGAGCUCGUAUCGAGCGCCAAGCCGGUCAUGGCCAUGGUCAUCGGCAUGCUCAAUGACCAGACCAGCCCGAUCAAGCGGAAUGCGGCGCUCAAGACGCUGGGUCAGCUGGCGGGUAAUACGGCGGAAGUGAUUCAGCCAUAUACGGAUCACCCGCAGCUGUUGGCGGUGCUCUUCAGGUUGUUGAGGACGGAGUCGGAUUCAACGGUCCGGAUGGAGACAAUCAGGACGAUGGGGAUGCUAGGUGCUCUGGACCCCUUCAAGCACAAACUCUUGCAAGGAAGCGAGGACGUUAACGCCGAGUCAUCCGGGCCAAGGGUGACAGACAUCACCCUUCUGAUGAACUCGCCUACGACAUCCAAUGAGGACUUUUACCAGACCGUAGCGAUCAACUCGCUGGUGUCGGUGUUGAACGACUCGACGAUGAAGGAGUUCCAUUAUGAGGCGGUAGAGGCGGUCAUGUUGAUCUUCCGGACUCAGCGGUUGCGAUGCGUUUCGUUCCUCCCUCAGAUCCUCCCCGCCUUCCUGCAUGUCAUCCGCAUCGCUGCUCCCCAUCGCCAAGAUGUCUACCUCAAGCAGCUCGCCAAUCUCAUCACCAUCGUCAAGCAGCACAUUCGCAACUACCUCGAAGACGUCUUCGGCCUGGUCCACGACUUCUGGGACCCCAACUCCAACCUCCAAAUCACCAUCAUCCACCUCGUCGAGGCCGUCGCCAAAGCGGUCGAAGGCGAGUUCAAGGCGUACCUCCCCCGUCUCCUCCAGCAGAUCCUGCGCACCUUUGACGGCGACCUCGCGGCCAAAUACCUCCCGGAACGACGGCGGAAUACGCUCCUUCAUAUUCUCAAGGCGUUCUACGUCUUUGGCAGCAGUAUCGAGGACUACCUCCACCUCGUCCUCCCCGUCAUUGUCCGCAGCUUUGAUAAUCCCCUCGCCCCGGACGAGCUGCGCAAGGCGGCAUUGCGGACGACGGGCCAGCUUUGCCGCAAGGUCAACUUUUCGGACCAUGCGAGUCAGAUCAUCCAUCCCUUAAUUAGGACGCUGGGCAAUAGCGAGUCAGAGAUCAGGGGGAUUGCGAUGGACACGCUGAGUGUCCUGGUCCUGCAGUUUGGGCCGGAUUAUGCCAUCUUUAUCCCGAUGGUCAAUAAGACCCUGGUCGAGCACAAGAUCACACAUCCGACCUACGACCAGCUCAUCACCAAGCUCCUCAACCGCGAGCGCCUUCCACCAGAUCUCGGCCCCGUCGAGCGGUUCGCGAAUGACCCGAUGUCAGACAUGUCGGUCGUUGCGGAGCAGGCCAAGCUGCCGGUCAAUCAGCAGCAGCUCAAGGCGGCAUGGGACUGCUCGGGCGUCACCUCCAAGCAGGACUGGAUCGAGUGGAUCAAGCGGCUAGGGAACGAGCUCAUGCGCGAGUCUCCCAGUCAGGCGAUCCGGGCGAGUCGGAAUUUGGCCGAGGUGCAUCCGCCGUUUGCGAGGGAGCUGUUCAAUGUGGCGUUUGUGUCGUGCUGGUCCGAGCUGUACGAGAGCUACCAGGAGGAUCUGGUGCACCAUCUUGAGAUGGCAUUGACGAAUCCGGCGGUUCCGCCCGAUGCGGUCAAUGUAAUUCUCAACUUGGCGGAGUUCAUGGAGCAUGACGAGAAGCCACUGGCUAUCGAGUCGAGACUGCUGGGCGACUACGCCGCCAUCUUCCACGCCUACGCCAAAGCUCUGCACUAUAAGGAGCUCGAGUUCUUCGUCGACGCCUCCGUCGGCGUCGUCGAGGACCUUAUCAGCAUCAACCAGAAGCUGCAGCAAUCCGACGCUGCCUGGGGUACGCUCGAGUACGCCCAGGAGAAUAUGGAGAUGACGGACGAUGUCCUCUGGUACGAGAAGCUCGGACGAUGGGAGGAGGCGCUCAAAGUCUGGACUGCGCGCGGCGACGACCCGGACACCGACUUUUCCGAGGACCGGAUCGCAAUGGGCAAGCUGCAGGCCCUGCACGCUCUCGGCGAAUGGGAUCAGCUCUCCGAAUUCGUCUCGGUCCGGUGGACGACCGCUACCAACGAUGAAAAGAAGCUUAUGGCUCCUUUGGCAGCCGCGGCUAGUUGGAGUCUGUAUCAAUGGGAUCAGAUGGACGACUAUAUCGCGUCGAUGAAGAGCGACUCGGCGGACCGGAACUUCUUCCGCGCGAUCCUGCAGGUGCAUCGGAAUCAGUAUAGCCAGGCAUUGAAGAGUAUUGGAAGAGCAAGGGAGAAGCUGGAUCCGGAGUUGACGUCGUUGACGAGCGAGAGUUAUGGAAGGGCGUACGACGUGAUUGUUCGAGUACAGAUGCUGUCCGAGCUGGAGGAGAUCAUCCAGUACAAGGAUCUUCAGCACGAGCCGUAUCGGCAGGAAACGCUGCGGAAGACUUGGCACAACAGGCUGGAAGGGUGUCAGCGCGACGUCGAGGUAUGGCAGCGUAUCCUCCAACUCCGUUCCCUUGUCCUUUCGCCCAGCGAAGACAUGGACACCUGGAUCACCUUUGUCGACCUCUGCCGCACGUCCGACCGGAUCAACCUCGCCGAAAAAACUCUCACCUCGCUGGUCGGCAAUACCAACCUCGAGACGGACUCGGAGGAGAACCCUAUCCGCGCACCACCACCCGUCAUCUUUGCCUACUACCGCCUCACUUGGGCCAAGCACAACCGGGACAACGAAAAGGGCGAGCGCGUCAACUCGCUCAACCAGCUUCGGCUGUUCACCGAGACGCUCUCGAACGAUAUCGGGGUCAGUGGGGACGGUCUGGCUCGUUCUGCCCUUACCGACGAAAAGCUCUUCAGCGAGUACAAGAAGCUGCUGGCCAAGUGCUAUGUCGAGCUCGGGCAGUGGCAGACCGCGAUGCGCGGCGAAGAGGGUAUUGCGGCGGAUCCAGGCCCGAUCCUUGCCGACUACUAUACCGCCACUCAGCUCGAUACCGACUGGUAUCAGGCUUGGCAUACCUGGGCGCUGGCCAACUUUGAGGUCAUCACUCAGUUGGAAGUGUCAGACCAGGGUCUUCAGGCUAUUCACUUCACGACCUACAUCGUUCCGGCUGUUGAAGGUUUCCUCCGAUCCAUUUCGCUCUCGCCGGGGAAUGCGCUCCAAGACACGCUUCGACUGCUCACGCUGUGGUUCCAGUACGGAUACCAGCAACGGGUGGCAGACGCCAUCUCGGAUGGGCUCAAGGUGGUCAAGGUGGACGUCUGGCUGGAAGUUAUUCCUCAGAUCAUUGCCCGCAUUCACACUCCUCGACAUGCCAUCCAGACCCUCAUUCUCCGGCUCCUCGGCGAAGUCGGCCGAGCCCAUCCCCAAGCGCUCGUCUACCCCCUUACCGUCGCCGCCAAAUCCAAUGCUGCCGCCAGAAAAGCAGUCGCCAACAACAUCAUGGUCAGGAUGCGAGACCACUCUGCCGAGAUUGUCGACCAAGCUCAACUCGUCUCGACCGAGCUCAUCCGAGCUGCUAUUCUUUGGCAUGAGCAGUGGUAUGAUGGUCUGGAGGAGGCUAGCAAGCAUUACUUUGCGGAUAGCAACUUGCAGGGCAUGUUUGACGCUUUGAUGCCGUUGCAUGACAUGAUUGAACGUGGUGCCGAAACACUUCGGGAGACCUCCUUCGUCCAGAGCUUCGGACACGAUCUGCGUAUCGCCCGCGAACACCUCCAGCGCUUCACCAUGCACAACGACCAGAUGGAGAUUCAGCAAGCAUGGGACAUCUACUACUCGGUGUUCCAGCGGCUUCAAAAGCAGCUCAAACUCCUCAACGUCAUCGAGCUGCAGUAUGUCUCGCCAAAGCUCUUGACGAUCCACGAUCUCGACCUUGCUGUCCCGGGCACAUACGAAAGCGGCAAGCCCGUGAUCGGUAUCGGCCGCAUCUUGCCCACUUUCCAGGUCAUCAACUCCAAGCAGCGUCCGCGAAAGUUCAGCAUGCGGGGACGGGACGGCAAGGACUAUACAUACUGUCUCAAAGGACAUGAGGAUCUUCGGCAAGACGAACGGGUCAUGCAGCUCUUCGGGCUGGUCAAUACCCUUCUACUCGUCGAUCAAGAAUGCGCCAAGCGACACCUCAGCAUCCAGCAGUUCUCGGUCACUCCGCUUUCGCCAGGCGCUGGUCUGCUUGGCUGGGUCCAGCAUACCGACACCAUGCACAUGCUCAUCAAGAACUACCGAGAGUCGAGGAAGAUCUUGGUGGAUAUCGAAAAUCGUCUCAUGCAGCAGAUGGCGGAUGAGUCAUACCAUGACCUGCCCCUCCUCCACAAGGUCGAAGUCUUCCAGUACGCCCUGGACAACACCACCGGUCAAGACCUCUACCGGAUCUUGUGGCUCCGUAGUCGCAACUCGGAGGCAUGGCUGGAGCGCCGAGUCAACUACACCCGCAGUCUCGGUGUCAACUCGAUGGUGGGGUAUAUCCUGGGUCUUGGGGACAGACAUCCGAGUAAUCUGUUGCUGGAUCAGAGCUCAGGCAAAAUUGUCCACAUCGACUUUGGUGACUGCUUUGAGAUUGCUCAGACUCGAGAAAAGUACCCCGAGAAGGUGCCCUUCAGGCUCACACGGAUGCUCAUCCACGCCAUGGAGGUCUGCGGUAUCACUGGCACCUUCUCGCGCUCGUGCGAGGUCUCGAUGGAGGUGCUUCGGGACAAUCGCGAGUCGCUCAUGGCGGUUCUCGAGGCGUUCGUGUACGAGCCGCUUAUCGCUUGGCGUUUGACAGCGACAAAUCAGCCCGGAGGAAGGGUCAAUACGGAGCAGGAUAUGGACGAGGUGUCGCAGAGGAAGACCAAGGCGAAUGAGACGGAGAUCUUGGGUGACGACCGAGGAGGAGGCGAGAUCAAGAAUGACCGGGGUCUGCAGGUCAUUGAUCGUGUGCGCCGAAAGUUGACAGGGAGGGACUUCAAGCCCGAAACGGUCUUGACGGUCAAGAUGCAGGUGGAGAAGCUGGUCGACGAGGCGACCAAGACCGAGAAUCUCUGUGUAGCGUUCAUUGGAUGGUGUUCAUUCUGGUAA